AGACCCUGGAGGAAACAGUGGAUGAUAUCAUUAGAAUUCAACUCCCCAAACUGAAGGAGAUGAUGGCAAACCGUGAAUUUCACAUCGAUAACAUUGAUGUAUUCUGUGAAAAAGGAGUCUUUGACCUGGAUUCCACCAGAGCUAUAUUACAGGCUGGCAAAGAGAUGAAACUCCAGAUUAAUUUUCAUGGUGAUGAGCUGUAUCCAAUGCAUGCAGCAGAGCUUGGUGCUGAACUUGGUGCUCUUGCCAUAAGUCACUUGGAGGAAGUGAGCGAUGCUGGGAUUGCUGCCAUGGCAACUGCAAAAUCAUGCGCUGUGCUCCUCCCGAGCACUGCCUACAUAUUGAGGCUUAAAACACCACGAGCCCGAGACAUGCUUGAUGCUGGAGUGAUUGUUGCUCUUGGUAGUGACUUUAAUCCCAAUGCAUACUGUUUCUCAAUGCCAAUGACCAUGCACCUGGCAUGUGUAAACAUGAAGAUGUCGAUGAAUGAGAGCCUGGCAGCUGCCACUAUCAAUGCUGCUUAUGCCCUGGGAAAAUCCCACUCUUAUGGCUCAUUGGAGGUAGGGAAGCAAGGAGAUCUCCUCAUCAUUAACGCACCAAGGUGGGAGCACUUGAUUUAUCAGUUUGGAGGUCAUCAGGAUCUAAUCAAGUAUGUCAUUACCAAAGGAAAGAUCGCAUAUGAAAAUAGAAGCUGCCUGGAUUAUUAGCAGUUCCGUGCUCAAAUCAUCAGCUAAAUGAUGUCAAACUAUUCUGCAGGAACUUCAUCCAGCGUAUGAGCAGCUAAAACAGAUCACUAACUUAUAGCACCUUACCUGAUCUUUCAUUAUUUUGUUUGUUACUUUUUGUUCAUUUUUGGCUUGGAGCUGUGAGUGAUGAGCUGAGAACUGAAGGUGACCUUUAGACUGUGAGCAGCAGCUUAUUUUAAAAUAAAAUGGAGAACAAGCUGGUAUGUGUUUAUGAGGCCAGGCCUGGAUGAUAAUUUAAUUGCAGGUUGAUUCUUGUUCAAAGAACACCGCAGCUGUUUCAGUUCUAGGGAUACAUUAUACUCAGAAAGAUGAUAGGCGUUGAAUGUUAACUAGGGCCUCUCAGUGGGGCAACCUGUUUAAGAAAGAGAACCAAAGUUUGAAUUGGUUUUUGAACUGUUUAUGAUAACGAUUGAGGCUGUGUAAGCUGCAGGAUGAAGGUUUGGUUGCUCCCUGGUUAUCCUCCCAUUACCAUGUUAUUGAAAGUUCAGAGAAUGGAAUCUCAGAUAUAAGAAUUAAGUGAAUAUUCCUUAGAGCUUACUGGAUGCUAUUUGCAUGAAUCAGCGUCUUCAGAGGCCAAGAAAGAUACAAUCCCAUGUGCCUGUGAGAUUAUAAAUUGUGGAAUCUGCUUAAGUGAAUUUGAUAUUUACAUCUCAUUUUUUUAUUUUGAUUUAUCCUUUAACUUUGUCUGUUAGUCUGUCUAGCUUUGUGUGAGAGUGGGGUCUAAAAUCAAAGAAGAUUGGGUUUAUAUCAUAAACAUUAAUUAGAUUAUCUUGUCUAACUUUGCUCUGCUCAAGCUACUGUAUUAUUAAUAAAUUGUUAAGUAUUUUAUAUAUGCUAUAAACCUGGUGUCUAGUAUUAGUUAAUCACAAAGUCUGGGACCAGUUAUUUAAAAAGUAUGAUUAGGAGCCAUUGGAGUUAAUUUUGAGGGUCACUUCAGUAUAUGAAUUUUACUGAGUUGCAAUUCCACGGUCAGGUAAGCUGAUUUCUUUUGGCUAUCCAUCUCCAGGACAAUAGCAAACCUUGUUUCAAGUUUUGGAGUGUCUUUGUAGCAAGUCCUAAAUCAAGAUUACAAUUAAUUUGUGGCAUCUAUACUCAACCUUAUCACAGGAACUAUCCUAAUGAUACGUUAUUAAUUCAAAACUACUCUAUCCUUUUACUGAUGAGCUCUUAAUUCAAUGUAACACUGUAGGAAAUUGUGUCUCAAUAAACUACU